UUUAAGCCAGAAUAGUCCCCUUUCAGGUAUUACGAGGGAGGACGAAUAUUCGCAGCAAAGCUCUUACUAAAGCCUCUCGGCUGAUGAAUUCUCAAGCUGUGAAAACCCAUCUUCUUAGGAAAAUGCCUGACAUCCUAUGUUUUGUAUGCCUUGUGCUUGUGCUCUGGAAAGCUAGCUGCCUCUUUUUUAGGGCUAAGCGCCGCCGUUACCUGGCCUCCCUCUGUCCGACAGAGGACGCCCUGCUUCUCUACAAGCUCACCAAUUAUGUCGAAUUCGGCUUUCUCUCCCACAAAGCUCUUGAAUUCGCACUCUUCAGGACCUUCGCCAUUCCCUCCAUUUCCAAAUUGUUACACUCUACUCAACAAUUCUGCCCGAGCAGUAUCCUCAAACGCUAUGAUGACACAGACAUUCUGACCCAGGAAUUCGUUCUGCAUCAUGUCGACAGUCACAGGGGCUCUCUUGCCCUUCAACGCCUCAAUUUCAUUCACGCCCACUACAACAUCUCUAACGCUGAUUUGCUCUAUACUCUUUCUCUCUUCGUCCUGGAGCCCAUCAGAUUUACCGCCAAGUUUGGUUACAGAAAUUGGACGGAAGGGGAGAAACAGGCGCAAUUUGUAGUGUGGCAUGACAUAGGAAAGCGCAUGGGCAUUAAGCACAUCCCACAGAAUUUGGAGGAACUGGAGGCGUUUAGCAGGCGAUACGAGGCCCAAAAGAUGGUGUAUUCAGAAUCGAACAGAGUGAUUGGGGAUGCCACGCUUGAUCUGCUAUUGUCAAAGGUGCCGGUGUCGUUCCGCCCAUUUGCCAGACGGGUUGCGUAUGCUCUGUUUGAUGAGAGACUUGCAAAGGCAAUGGGUUAUCCUCUUCAGCCCUACUGGGUGGUGUGGAGCGUGGAAAGCAUUGUAAGGCUGUGCGGGGGCUCAUUUGUUCGGUGGUGUUUGCCACCAAGGCCAAUCCAUUGGUCAACAGAGAGGAUUCAAUUGCAAGAGACAGAGGAAAAGCAGGAGGUAUAUAAACUGAGAUACGAUGAGUACAAACCGUGCAUAUAUCCGAAUGGGUAUAAAAUUGCGGAGGUGGGAAAUGCACCAGGAGGGAAAGUGGGCAAGAGCGGCCAGGGAAGCUUGUUAUGCCCCUUACCAUGGCUUUCUCAAAACAAGAUUUCCUGAACUCAGAUUGCCUGCGAAUGUACUGUAAUUUGUAGGCAAUAUUUAUGUGGGAGCUUUAUCUUCCUACUCAAAAACAUGCUCGGCUCCUCCAUGUGUUUUAUUUUUUUUCAGUUAGAUUAUUUUAUUUAACCAUUUUGCUAUUACAGCUCAAACUGAAUAAAUGAAAGUAUUUAUCGUGUA